AUUUUUUUGAUUCAUUUGAGCAAUCAUGUACUUAUGUUAUAUUAAUUUUGAUAUUGAUCAAAUUUGAUAAUGUAACUAUGUAACAUGCAAACAGUUGUAACUUUAACUGUAAAUUUUUGAGACAAACAUUAUUUUGUCUAUUGAAGUGUAUAAUGAAGAUUUUUUAUUGUUGAGGUAAUCAUAAUGAUUAUUGGUUGUUGAGGAUUUCUCAGUUGUUUUUUCUCAGUGAGAGUUUGAGGUCUCUUCUUGUAAUUCUUGGAAACGUAUUUGCAGUAUUGAUCUUGGUGAAGUUGAUUUUCUGGAGAAUUUUCUUGCAGUUUUUAUGAUAACUGGAAUUUUUUUUUCAAAAUUGCCAGUUCGUUGAGGAGGGGGAAUGUCGCAGUUAUCUAUGUAACUGUAUAGUAGAAUUAGUUCUCUAAUUGAUAGUGCGGCGUUGAUCACUAUAUUGAUGACGUCAUUACAUUAUUAAUAAUUUCUGUGUAGACUAGAGGACUGAGCUUUUGUUGCUUGUCACAACUUCUAGUGACGUAAAUUUAGUGUGUGUGUGAUUUGCGUCAUUUAUCGUCUAGUACAGUCUCUCCAUUGUUUUGUACGUUGGUACAGAUAGACGUGGUUUGAGAGCUCUGGAAUUUCUCCUUGGUUUUUGUUAUUGGAUAGCCUUAGCAUUUGCCUUGGACAUUUUCUUGUUGGAUUAUCUUGACCCCUGUUUAGGGUGAGUUUUAUUUUUCAUUGUAUAGUUUUUCUAUUUGAAUUCGUUCGUAUUUGUAAGUCUAUAAUUAGACUAGAUAUAGAUGAUUAGAAGAAUCCUUUCUUUUAUCUUCUAUAGGGUUUUAGCGUCAAGACUAAGUUUUUAGUCGUAGUCUCAGUUGAAGACUCUAUUUCAAGUAUUAGUGUCAAGUCUAUAUGUUAGACUCUGUGUCAAGUCUCAGUGUCAAGACUUGUUUAUUCAGUCUCAGUUCUAUAUUGAGAGUACAACUUUAGGUCUACAGUCUACAGGACUGAGGUCUUUCUCUCAGUUGGUCGUCUGGUGUGCACGUGGAUUUGUACAUGAGUCUGAGGUUCAAGAUUCCAGACUGCGGGUUGCAGUGGUCAGACCUGAUGGUAUAGUGUCAACUAUGAACUUCUACUUUUUGGAAUUGUCGUCAGUGGACAGUACCUGAUCUAGAGGCUAGAUCUACAUAUAUUACCAGUUGUUGUUUUUGAGAUUGAAGGACUAGGUGAUCCAUUGAACUACUUAUUAUAGUUAAGGUAAUAUACUAUGUGUUUCAUAAUUAUAUGAAUGUUCUGUAUCUAAGGAGACUAACUGGAUCAUUGUAGAUUACAUAUUAUUACAUAUUGAUAUUUCAUACUAUUAUUAUCAGUCAUCAUGAAUCAGUCAUUUGUAAAUAUAUCACAAGAAUAAAUUUUAUUGUUAUUUACAUCAUACACUUAGUUUAUUAGUUUAUCUACAACUAUAUGUGUAUGAUGUGCUUGUCAGGCUGAACUUGAGCCAAAAUAUUAUAAGUUCAGAAAAUAAUAACAAUAAUACAAAUUGAAAUAAUAUUUAAUAUUAAUAAAUAUUUGCAUUGGAAAUAUAUAAUAAUAAUUUGAUAAAUACAAGAAUACAAGAACCUGACAAGUAUUUUGGGGGCUCGUCUAAACUGUUAAAGGAGUUAUUUGAGGGAUUAUCUCAGUCAUAAUUUGUUAUAUUAUUGACAGUUGAAUAUUUGCUAAAUAAAUUUCUGUACUUGUAAGAGUAUAUUUUCAGAUUCUAGACACUUGUUUGUGUCACAUUACUAUUCAUAACGGUACUAUGUGAUUGUACCUUAUUACUCAGGAAAGGCAUCGUAUACAUUUUUUGUGUGAGACUUUAUUGGUGCCAGUGUAUCAUAUUGUUAUUGCUAACAUUGUAUCUUAUAUAUAAUAUUUUUUUUAAAAUUUAUACUAAUAAGAUAUAAUUUUGUUACAUGCCAAACUGAUUGGUGGACCUAAAUUGGAGCUGUGAUCUGUUUGUUGGGAUUCUCAAGUUGUCCUGGUGUAUCUGGCUGUACCUUGUCAUCAAUACUCUAUCUUCCUGGUGCUGAGGCAGAUUCUAUCUUCGCAGGAGAAAGCACAGCUAAGUGUAUUUUUUUUGGUUGCUAAUAGUAUAUCUUGUGCUCUAAUUAGUUUUUCCGAUUUGACCUGUUAAACUUAUAUUGUUUGGAAAUUCUAAGGAUGGAGACUAGGUUUUCUAUAAAUUCACAAUUUAUAGCGGAUGGGCAGGCGUUGGGUUUUACAGGAGCUGACUUGCAGAACUAUGUGAAAGAACAGAAGGAAGAAUAUGUCAAGGCAGAACAAGCAAGAUUGGAUAGGGAGGAACGGCUCAAGAAGGAACAAAGGGCGGAGGAGCAUGAACGAUGGAAAGAAAGGGAAGUAGUGGAAGCUAAAAAGAGGCAGGAAGAAUUGGAAUUGGCUAGACUUAAGGAGAAAAUUGUGGAGAAGGAGUUGCAGAAAGAAAGUAAAUCUGAAAACAAAGAAGGAGAACCUAAGAUCCAGGAUAAACAUAGACAUAUAAUUGAUAAGUUGGACAAGAGUUUUCAGAAUAUGAAGGAAGAUGAGGAUUUGAUUGGUUUCUUGACUCUAUUUGAGGCGGUGGCAACAAGAUGUUGUAUUGAUAAGAAAAGUUGGGCUAUGUUGUUAUCGUACAAAUUGACGUUGAAACUCAAGAAUUUUAUGCUGCAAGAUGAUCUGUUUAAGAAGGAAAAUUAUGAUGAAGUAAAGGUUAUGCUAAUGAGACAGGCUGAUAUAAAUGGAGAAACGUGUAGGAAGAAAUUUCACCAAAUUAGACCUAAAGAAAAUGAUUUCAGGGGAUAUGUAGCCGAUUUGAAAAGGGCACUAGACAAUUGGAUGAAGAUGGCGGAGGUAAAGGAGACCAUAGAAGGCAUGAAAAAUAUGAUUGUGACAAACAGAUUAUUAGAGAGUGUUUCAGGCGAAGUGUAUCGUCAACUUAUCUUAAAUAAAAGUGAUAAUGUAGAAGACAUGCUACAAGUAAUUGAAAGUUUUAAGACUGCAAGUUCAACAAAAUCAUUAUGUAAAGAGGAAAAUGUGUAUGUAAUGGGAGCUGCUGAAGCCACAAGUCAGAAUUAUGCUAGUGACAGGAAAGUCAUAACUUGUUUUAGGUGCGGAAAAGUAGGUCACAGGUCAACGGAAUGUUAUGUGGGUGGAGCCGGAGUGAAACCAAAACAGGUGACAUAUAAUAAGGAUGGAACAAGACAUGUGUCAGGCACAAGGAAUGUGUCAUAUGGAACUUACAGGAGGCAGUUUGAUACUAGAGGAAGGAGAAUGGAUGGAGGGAAUUGGAGAGGAGCUUACAAUGAUGUGAACCAUGGUGGAGGAAAUAACAGAAGGAAUUAUUCAGGUUUUGAUUAUACUAAGGAGAAAAACACAGACAAGUCAAAGAAAGUGCAAAACACAGACAGAUGCAUCAGAUAAAGGCAUUUCAGGUAUACUUAGUCAGAUGAGAGAUGGUGUGUUACAUCCAGUGAAGUUUGUCAGUCGCAAGUUGUUGCCACGUGAACAGAAAUACUCUAUCCUUGAGCGGGAAGGACUGGCCAUUGUAUGGUCGAUCAAAAAGCUAGAUCGUUAUUUGGCAGGAGUGAAGUUUCAUCUCCAGACCGAUAACAAGGCAUUGUCAUUCAUAGCAAAUAGUAAUUAUUGUAACAAAAGAAUAACUAGAUGGUGUUUAACACUUCAGGAUUAUUGUUUUGAUUCUGUCCAUUUGAAGGGAGAAUUAAAUGUUUUUGCUGAUGUAUGCUCAAGACUUGUAUAAUUUUUUUGAUUCAUUUGAGCAAUCAUGUACUUAUGUUAUAUUAAUUUUGAUAUUGAUCAAAUUUGAUAAUGUAACUAUGUAACAUGCAAACAGUUGUAACUUUAACUGUAAAUUUUUGAGACAAACAUUAUUUUGUCUAUUGAAGUGUAUAAUGAAGAUUUUUUAUUGUUGAGGUAAUCAUAAUGAUUAUUGGUUGUUGAGGAUUUCUCAGUUGUUUUUUCUCAGUGAGAGUUUGAGGUCUCUUCUUGUAAUUCUUGGAAACGUAUUUGCAGUAUUGAUCUUGGUGAAGUUGAUUUUCUGGAGAAUUUUCUUGCAGUUUUUAUGAUAACUGGAAUUUUUUUUUCAAAAUUGCCAGUUCGUUGAGGAGGGGGAAUGUCGCAGUUAUCUAUGUAACUGUAUAGUAGAAUUAGUUCUCUAAUUGAUAGUGCGGCGUUGAUCACUAUAUUGAUGACGUCAUUACAUUAUUAAUAAUUUCUGUGUAGACUAGAGGACUGAGCUUUUGUUGCUUGUCACAACUUCUAGUGACGUAAAUUUAGUGUGUGUGUGAUUUGCGUCAUUUAUCGUCUAGUACAGUCUCUCCAUUGUUUUGUACGUUGGUACAGAUAGACGUGGUUUGAGAGCUCUGGAAUUUCUCCUUGGUUUUUGUUAUUGGAUAGCCUUAGCAUUUGCCUUGGACAUUUUCUUGUUGGAUUAUCUUGACCCCUGUUUAGGGUGAGUUUUAUUUUUCAUUGUAUAGUUUUUCUAUUUGAAUUCGUUCGUAUUUGUAAGUCUAUAAUUAGACUAGAUAUAGAUGAUUAGAAGAAUCCUUUCUUUUAUCUUCUAUAGGGUUUUAGCGUCAAGACUAAGUUUUUAGUCGUAGUCUCAGUUGAAGACUCUAUUUCAAGUAUUAGUGUCAAGUCUAUAUGUUAGACUCUGUGUCAAGUCUCAGUGUCAAGACUUGUUUAUUCAGUCUCAGUUCUAUAUUGAGAGUACAACUUUAGGUCUACAGUCUACAGGACUGAGGUCUUUCUCUCAGUUGGUCGUCUGGUGUGCACGUGGAUUUGUACAUGAGUCUGAGGUUCAAGAUUCCAGACUGCGGGUUGCAGUGGUCAGACCUGAUGGUAUAGUGUCAACUAUGAACUUCUACUUUUUGGAAUUGUCGUCAGUGGACAGUACCUGAUCUAGAGGCUAGAUCUACAUAUAUUACCAGUUGUUGUUUUUGAGAUUGAAGGACUAGGUGAUCCAUUGAACUACUUAUUAUAGUUAAGGUAAUAUACUAUGUGUUUCAUAAUUAUAUGAAUGUUCUGUAUCUAAGGAGACUAACUGGAUCAUUGUAGAUUACAUAUUAUUACAUAUUGAUAUUUCAUACUAUUAUUAUCAGUCAUCAUGAAUCAGUCAUUUGUAAAUAUAUCACAAGAAUAAAUUUUAUUGUUAUUUACAUCAUA